CUGGACGAUGACACGCUCCGCACUCUUAUGCCCUCGUUGUCCCAGUCCCAGAGGGACGAACUUCUCCACCGUCGUGCCAUGGCGGCUGCGGGCCUGGCUGAGCCCGUCAUUGUCGCUGUGCAGGCCUCGCAGGACGUGGGCUCCCUGUCCGCCCAGCUGCUGGCCGCGCGAGCCAGGCUCGACAAGGCUCAGGCGGCGGCACAGGAGGCCAUCGACUGCGUGGUCGAUGUCGAAGACGAGCUGCAGGUGCUCCAGGACAAGUGCGCCGAGGCGCGGGCUCGCGUCGGUGCCCUGGCAGGCCCGCAGCCAGGAUGCUCCCCCACCCAGCUGCAAGCGGCACGCCAGGCCUUCGACGGCGUGGUCGGGGCUCUGGCGGCUCAGGGGGGCCAGUCGGCGCAGCUCGCUCAGGCGCUGGGGGUCGUCCAGCAAGUACUGUGCACCUUGGUGCCUGCGGGCGGCCUGGCAGCGGGGGCGCCCCCCCACUUGGCCGCGCCCCCGCCGCAGGGGCUGCGCGGGCACCCUGCAGGUGCGAGCUGGGGCGAGCCCGCGGGCGAUGGCGACGUGGACGUGGAGCUCGUCGAUGCUGACCCUGGCCUGGUCCCGCCGCAGUUCCCCGCGCUGCCUGGCGACGAGAAGGUUGCCCAGGAGGUCAGGCGCAGGGCGGCAGCGAUCGCGGGGCUCGAUCUCAGCCAACGAGCUCAGGUGGCGGCAGAGACGGCGAUCGGAGGCCCAGCGGCCGCGGCCCUCGCCCGCCGCCGCAGCCGCUCCUGCGCAGCGGACCAGGCCGAGACCGCGUCG